UCCAAAUCUUGCAAGUUUUGUUUUACCUUUUUUUUUAUUAUCAUUCCUGUCUUGUUCAACUCAAUAAACAUGAUCUAGAGCUCGGUGAUUGAGAUCAUGAAUGAUGGUCAUCCUAUUCAUCAUCUUCUCGAUCGCUUCACCCUUCUUCUGCCAAUUUUCUUCGGCAGUUGACUUCUUGGCACCAAAUCAAGUUCUAUUAGACAAUGGGGGGACACUAGCUUCAGCUGGCCGAAAAUUCGAGUUAGGCUUCUUUGGUCCGUCAAAUGUGAGCAAAAGAUACAUUGGAAUUUGGUUCAAGAACAUCCCAGAGCAAACAGUGGUAUGGGUUGCCAACAAGGACAAUCCGAUACCAAGCUCAUCAGGUAUCCUGUCAAUCACACCAUCUGGAAGCAUUGUCAUCAUCAACAACAGCACUAAUUCUAUCAUCUGGGCAUCGAAUACAUCCGCAACACUGGUCAGUAAUCCGACAUUGCAGCUGCUGGACAAUGGCAAUCUUGUUCUGAAAAAUGGUAGCGACUAUGGCAAAAAUUCAGGUACCUAUCUGUGGCAGAGCUUUGAUCAUCCGUGUGAUACUUUAAUUCCCGGAAUGAAGCUUGGAUGGAACUUCAGAACAAACCAGGAAUGGUACUUAACAUCCUGGAAAAGCUUGCAGGAUCCAUCCACAGGAGCCUAUACGUAUAGAGUUGAUCCUGGCGGACUUCCUCAAGUUGUUCUGAGCGAAGGAUCAGCCAUCCAAUACAGAAGCGGACCCUGGGAUGGUGUUCGCUUUGGGGGCGGUGACCUGGAAGAAAACACUGUCUUUAGACCAGAAUUCGUGUUUGAUGCAAAUAAUGAGUACUACACAUUUGAGAACACUAAUGAUUCAAUUGUUUCUAGAUUCGUACUGAACCAGUCAGGACUUAUUCAGCAUCUAACUUGGAGCAUCAGGCGAAACGAAUGGGUGGACAUAGCCACGGUGCAGAGCGAUGCUUGUGACCAGUAUGCCCUCUGUGGAAGUUAUGGCAUUUGCAACAUCAAUAACAGCCCUUAUUGUAGUUGUCCACCAGGGUUCACCCCAAAACUUCCUGCGGAUUGGCAAAGGAUGGACUGGUCAGGUGGAUGUGUACGAAAAAAUGCAUUGAAUUGCAGUGGACCAGAGGGAUUCAGAAGGUUUUCCAAGUUGAAGCUGCCUGAUACCGCGAAUUUUCUGGUAAACAAAAUAGCGAUUGAUCCAAUGCAGUGUGCAGCGGCUUGUUUGAGAAAUUGCUCUUGCACGGCUUAUGCUAAGAUUGAUGGUAGUGUAUGUGUGGUCUGGUUUGGUGAUCUGUUAGAUGUCAGGACUUACCAUUAUGGAGGACAGGACCUCUACAUUAGGAUGCCUGCUUCUGAACUAGGGUCUGACAGCAAAAGGGAGAUUUUGAUAAUAUCGGUGUCGGUGGCUUUAGGGACUCUUGUGUUGGUCCUCGGCGGGUGGUGUCUUUUACGUAAAUGGACCGCAAAGGGUGGUCAAGCUAAAGAACAAGAGACUGCAAGCCAGGAGAAUACCAAAAGAAUUGCAGAUGACGAGAUAGAGUUACCCUUAUUUGAUUUGAUCACCAUUUCAAAUGCUACUAAUCAAUUUUCAUUCGCAAAUAAGAUUGGAGAAGGUGGAUUUGGUCCUGUUUACCAGGGUAUCCUCUCAACAGGGCAACAAAUAGCAGUCAAGAAAGACUCAAAAGAUUCUGGACAAGGUAUUGAAGAGUUUAAAAAUGAAGUGAUCUUAAUUGCAAAGCUGCAGCAUCGAAACCUUGUCAGGCUGCUAGGGUGCUGCAUUCAUGGGGAUGAGAGAAUGUUAGUAUAUGAAUAUAUGCCCAACAGGAGUCUGGACUUAUUCAUCUUCAAUCAAGGAAGAGGAAAAGUACUUGAUUGGAGAAAACGCUUUGACAUAAUUGUUGGAAUUGCUCGGGGACUUCUAUACCUUCAUCGAGAUUCCAGGUUGAGAAUAAUUCAUAGGGAUUUGAAAGCAAGCAACAUUCUUCUCGACAGUGAAAUUAAUCCUAAAAUCUCUGACUUUGGCCUGGCACGAACAUUUGGUUGUGAACAUUACCAGGAUAACACCAAGAGAGUCAUGGGAACAUAUGGCUAUAUGGCUCCUGAGUAUGCAGUAGAUGGCCUGUUUUCAGUUAAAUCUGAUGUGUUCAGCUUUGGUGUCCUGGUUUUGGAGAUAGUUAGUGGUGAAAAGAACAGAGGAUUUUGCCAUCCUGAUCAUGACCUCAACCUUUUGGGACAUGCUUGGAGACUAUGGAAUGAAGGAAAUACUUCGAAACUAGUUGACCCAUUUAUGGAGGGGGCGGCUUCUACAUCUGAGGUGUUGAGGUGUAUCCAUGUUGGCCUCUUGUGCGUUCAACAGCGGCCUGAUGACAGACCUGCCAUGUCAACUGUUCUAUUACUUUUGGACAGUGAGAAUCCAACUCUUCCGCAACCUAAACAACCUGGUUUUUACAUUGAGAGAACUGUUAUUGACACAGAUUCUACAUCAAGUGGGAAAAUGCCGCAUAAUUCUACUGAUGUAACAGUAACAGUGUUACAUGGUCGAUAAGUUCUGGUUCAUAGCAUGUAUAUAUUUCUUUAAAAGAAUUUAAAGGGUGUGUAAAUGCAAUCAUUUGCGUACA